CUGCUGACUCUCUUCAUUCAGCAUCGUUGCAGCGCGUCCUCGUGAAGCCGCGCGUGCACCGCACAGACAGGCGUGUGAAAGCGGCACGUUCGGUUCGGCUGAAGUGGAUCAGCUGGUUCUGGAUUCUCGGUUCGGAUCCGGCCCGCUGCUGAGAGAGGGGAAAAGGACAUUUUUCCUGUUAGAACAAGCUGCCUUCAUCACGUGCACAGAGAGCGCGCGCAUCAGACCCGCCUAGCAGAGAUGGCAAAGGCAGACCAGCGUUACGGCCAGCGGGACGGUUCGGACCAGAACUUUGACUACAUGUUCAAGCUGCUGAUCAUUGGAAACAGCAGCGUUGGAAAAACGUCCUUCCUGUUCCGCUACGCCGAUGACUCCUUCAGCAACUCCUUCGUCAGCACCGUCGGCAUCGACUUCAAAGUGAAGACGGUGUAUCGCAACGACAAGAGGAUCAAGCUGCAGAUCUGGGAUUUGAGUAUUACGAGGCGAGCGCAAAGGAGAACAUUAAUGUGCGUCAGGUCUUUGAGCGCCUAGUGGACAUCAUAUGCGUGAAGAUGUCCGAACGAGUGGAUGUGGAGGUGCCAGCAGCUUCUGGCUCAAAGACCACCAGACUGACCGAUAAACCUGCCCAGCUACCUCAAAAGUGCUGCUGAUCGCCUGUCCCCCCAACCUUCACCACCAUGUCCCUCCUCCGUCUUGAGCUGUAGAGAAAAAACAAAACAAGCUGUUGUAACAUUCCUCCUCAACACUUGCUCUGCUUCAGUCCAUGUUGGUGAGCUGUCACUAUUUCCUUUUGCCAACAGUCAUGAAAACACUUUCUUCCCUGUGACGGUCAUGUCUCUGAGGCCGACCGGCUGCUGACUCCAAGCCAACAUCAGCGUAACGCGUGCUCAGUCAGGUCGAUCACAGAAAAGUGCAGCGACACGUCUCUUCCAUCCAGAUAUGUUCAGUGAGCUGCCAAACACCAACUCUGUUGACACAAGUCAUAGGCUGACAACUUGGCUCUAACACGAGUUCCUUGCCCAAAACAUUUCUUGGUGUUGAAAGGAGCCAGCAGCCAUGACUGACUCAGUGAUCACACUAAUCACAUACCUAUGAUUCAGCUAUAAAACUCAGCAUUACUGUGUCCCCGCUGAAUCAGUCCCCGAGUUAAUACGAGUCCCUGCUAAAAACCGAGUCAGUAUUGAGCAACAAGUCAUUUACCUGGCACCAGCAGGAAGGUGUGCGGUACAAUCAGAUACAGAAGCACAAAGCCCCUCCCACAAAGACUGACUUUUCAUUUAUUUGUUGCUGGACCAGUCUGGAUCCGUACAGGGUAGUCUGAUUUACUGCAGAUCAGUCCAGUCCAACUUGUCUCAUGCGUAUCAGUAAAGUUUAGAGCAGCUGACCCUGCAGUAGUCUGGCUCAAUCCAGAUUACCCCGGAUCAUUCUGGUCUAGUCUAGAAGUUUUUGUCAUAGCCGGCUCAGACCAGAUCCAUCUGGAUCAGUCUGGUUUGGAUCAGACUCGACCGCCCACCCUGGACCGCGGUCUUUCACGGCCGACACGCACUGAAGCCGUUCGUAGUCACGCCCAUCCACAGGUAGAGCACAGCGCGAUGUCUUCGCCUGUCCGCAGUGUAGUUGAGCAGCCGCCAUGUUUGCAGCGUGUCCUCGUGACCACGUGUGUGCGUGACCUUGUUGC